UCAAAAUCAAACUCAAACUCCGACACAAACAUGGCGAGUUUGGUCCGUGGCGCAGCCUCGCGGCUUGUCGGAAGCUGCAGCAAAAGUCGUUUUUUCGUUAACUCGUUGGGCGCUCACGGCCGUCUGCGGUAUCUAACGCCGUCUAUUUCUCGUAGUAAUCUCUUCUCCACAUCGGCGAGAAAGAAAGCUUCCUCAAACGAUCCGCUUCUCCGAGUGAUCGAAACCGAGAUCGGAUUCGCCGAGCAAGCCGAUGAUUACGAUCGAGUAGAAGAGACCCCGAGUGGGUUCCCUUUCAAGAUGGAAGACAAGCCAGGAUCCAAGGUCGUGACUUUGACUAGAGACUACCAAGGAGAGAGCGUUGUGGUUGAAGUACACAUGACUAACCUUGUGACGGGUGAUAAAGGAGAUGAUGAAGAGAGUGACGAAGAGAGUGAAGAAGAAGAGGAACAUGAGGAUAAGCCAGAGAAGCCUAAGCAAUCAAAUGUGCCUCUCUUGGUAACACUUUCCAAGAAGACAGGACCGAGUUUGGAGUUCAGGUGUACUGCUUUUCCUGACAAGAUUGUGAUCAAGGACAUGUGGGUUACGUUUCCUGAUGAUCCUUCCAAGGAUGAACUUGCCUAUGAAGGACCUUCGUUCCGGGUUUUGGAUGAGAAGCUAAGGAAGGCUUUUCAUAGGUACAUUGAGAUUAGGGGGAUAACGCCGGGCAUGAUCAACUUCUUGCAUGAGUAUAUGAUCAACAAAGAUAGUAAAGAGCACUUACUGUGGUUGAAAACGCUCAAGAACUUUGUUAAAUCUUUGAGGGAAUAAAAAGAAUCACUUUUCAGGUUUUCAGAUACUCUCUGUUUUUCAAAUUUUUUAUUUGAAACACAAUUCUAUUCUAUUUGGAUCUAUUUAUGUGAUUAAAGAGAGUACAACAUUUUGAAGUGUAAUCAAUAACAAAUUCUGAAAAGAAUGAGAAUCAGUACAACAUUUAGUAACAAU